GUUCUAUAAAAAAGCCUCUUCCACCAUAAUAUUAUUUCCCAUAUUAACCAUAGUUUUCAAUAAAGUUUUCAAGUUCUCUCCCAAAUUCAUCUUAAUUUUCAACAAUAAUACACGAAAUGGAUAGGUUUUCUUAAUUUUUUUAUUAUCAUUGUAAGCUGAAUAAUAUUGGCUAUCCUUUAUCCUCUAUACCCCUUCCUUCUCACUUAAGUUGAAAGUUGAUUUCACUACUCUUCUCUAACAGGAAGUGUUUGAUGUUCGAUGCUAAGGCCGCUAGUUUUUCUUUGCUGCUCAUCUGUGUGUGAAAUUAUUUAAGCCCAGUUCAAUGUCCAGAGAUAUUAAAUGUUUCCUUGUUAGGUCAUGUUCAGCUUUGCUACUUAUUGCUAAUGUUAUUUUUUCUAGUUUGUAAGAUUAGAAGCUGACUAAGUUUGCUGUCAGGUGACUCAUAUUUAAACAUUGACAUGUUUGUUUGAAGUGUUUUUAUUCUGUUUUAAAUCUGUUUUUUUCCAUACUUGAUGGUCAGAGCAUUUGCUGUUAUUUUUCUUAGCAUUUCUAACUCGAAGUAACAGUCAGUCAACAUAUAUGACAUUUGGUGUUCUUAUAUUUAAACUAAAUUAGGCCUGCCUUUUGUCAUGGAAAAGACUCGCUGCAUUUUACUCUAACUUGCCAGUUUUCUGGCUUGCAGCCCAUGUUAAAGAAGGCAAGAAAACAGGAGAGGGCUUGUUUAUAACUUUCUUUUAUUUUUAAUUUGUUCAUUUUUCAAUACUGGGUAAAUCAUUGUUUGCCCUACUUGUACUGGAUUGCUGAAUGAUUCUGUAAUGUUUCAUCACUUUCCCUUUCAAAAUUUAUUUACUCUGGCUUGAUGUGCAAGAAACUAACUUGCAGUAAGUCUCGCACGGUGGAGGAGAUACUGACAAUUGAAAUAAAGCCUGGAUGGAAGAAAGGCACAAAGAUAACUUUCCCUGAUAAGGGUAACCAGGAACCCGGAGUCAUUCCUGCAGAUUUAAUUUUUGUGGUGGAUGAAAAACCGCAUGCUGUGUACAAAAGGGAUGGUAAUGAUCUGGUGCUCAAUCAGGAGAUAACUCUUUUGGAGGCCCUGACAGGAAAAUCCCUUGACCUCACCACCCUGGACGGAAGAAAUCUUAUGAUCCCAUUGACCGAAAUCAUCAAGCCAGGUGCUGAAAUGGUUGUCCAAAAUGAGGGAAUGCCAAUCUCAAAAGAACCGGGAAAGAAAGGCAACUUGAGAAUCAAAUUUGAUGUCAAAUAUCCUUCAAGACUUACAGUCGAACAGAAAGCUGAUCUGAGAAGAGUUCUGGGAGGAAUUCUAUGAUGGUUACUAAUUAUUAACCUCUCCAUGGUUUGCCAUGGUGUAAAUAACCACGUCUAUUUUAUUGAAGAAUGUGAAUACUAGGAAACUUUGCAGGGCUGAAAGGAAUUUUGGAAACAGCUUUGGAAGGUCCUUCCAAUCUACAAUUAGAUACUUUUUUGAUAGGAUCAAGAUCAAUCUUUUGUUGUUAAUAGUAUUAGAAGGGUCUUGGCUUACUAGAAAAGAUGGAUAGGUUAUUUGUGUUUUAGCUUCUGCAUUUUUGGUUGGUCAUUUUUUUUUUGCUAUUGAUUUCUGGUCUAUAUACUUGGAAAAUAGUUUUGGAUUUUUUCAUGACAGAACUGGUUUAGUUAUUUUUAGGAAAUGCAAGUGUUACACUUAUUAUCUAUUUUAUAAUUUUUUUUUUGUAUUGGUUUAUUUAACUUUAUGGGUUUGUCUUCUUUUGCUACUAGCAUAGCCAUCGACUAUAUGUAUUGUUCUAUCACCGAGUUAAAUAAUAUAAUAUGCAUUCUUCCUAGCA